AUGAAUUCGUUGAUUAACAUUCUGGUUUUUACCGUAUUUUUAUGUUCAUCAGGACAAGCACUUGAUUGUAAUACCGGCAAUCCUUGUGAACUGGGUGAUCCUUUCCAACCCCAAUAUGGAUACGAAUGUAUCGAUGGUAUUUCGGGUUCUGUAAUGUGUACAUGUCCUGGUGGAGCCGAGAUCAACAGACGUUGCCGUCUUUGCGAUCGAAGCAAUCCUGCAAAUAAUGUAUGCGGCAAUUCAAUUUCAAAUCCAAAUUUGAUUAUAUGUCUCGAACAUCAUGAACAUAUCACAGGCUACGCAUGUCUUUGCCGGAUUCCAGGUACGAGUGGAGCAGCGCUAACGGCGAACCGUGACUGUGACGUAACAGUCACAUUGCCAACUCCGACGAUACCGAGCUCAUCAGUCUCUUCCGUGGUAUCGACGGUCCCAUCAAUCCCUUCCAUGUCGUCAACGAACCCAUCAGCGUCUUCCGUGUCAUCGGCGAGCCCAUCAUUCCCUUCCAUGUCGUCAACGAACCCAUCAGCGUCUUCCGUGUCAUCGGCGAGCCCACCAAUCCCUUCCUUGUCAUCAACGAAUCCAUCAGUCCCUUCGGUAACAGCUACAAGUGGCUUUUCAACUACUGCAUCGCCUUGUAUUAAUGGUGGUGUUUUUGUCAGUGGUGUUUGUAAAUGUCCAAGUGGUUAUAAUGGUACAAUAUGUGAACAAAACCAGCCUACUGAUUUAUGUCGAAAUAUCUUUUGUAAAAACAAUGGCGUUUGUGCUAUUAGAAAUCCAAAUGGACCGUAUGUAGCUGUUUGCCUUUGUCGAGCUUAUUUCUCGGGAGAAUAUUGUGAAAUACAAGGAACUUCGGGUGUUUGUUCAUCCAGUUCAUGUAUGAAUGGUGCUGCUUGCCGAGAAGUUGUCAUUGGUGCAACACGAACUGCUUACUGUGAUUGUCUACUGGGUUAUCGUGGCAUCAAAUGUGAAAAUCGUAUCUAUUCAUAUUUCAUUCUAAUAAGCAAAAAACAAAAGUUUUCUUCUCUAGGAUAUUUCACUUGCACUCGUGCUGACAAAUUUCCUGACGAAGAGUUGCAUGAGCAAGGAAAAUAUUUCGAAUGUACCAAUCUGGGUGGAGGAUUACGACUGGAACGAAGAUCAUGUCCCAAAGGGCUUCGUUUCAAUGCAGUCACAAAGGAUUGUUCUGGUUAA